CCUCCUUCAUUUAUCUCUGUAAAUUUCWAAAAAUAGCCGAAACAAUAAAGAAACCCUCAUCAGCUUCCACUGGCCACUAAGAGUUGCUAAAUUACCUUUUCACUUCAGUUUGUCUCAACUCAUGCACCUUGGUCGGAGAGGUAGGUAUGUGAACGAUUUGAUUUAGGUAGCCUUUCGCGCUGAAAUUCAUACAGUAUCCAGGCCAUCGAUCCACAAUGGCCCAUAUUUUGUUAAGUGGCCGAUGGCCGCUGUAGGAGUGACUAUGCAAAUCAAGCUUGUGAAAAUAAGUUUGCGUUGAAUUGAGGGCUGUAACUUGAUUGGGCGGCAUUGUUCGUUCAAACUGGAGGUGCCAAAGUAUCUGCUACAUUUGUUUCCACCAAUGUGCGCUUUGAUGUAGGAUGAGACAGUGAUAGUUCUGUUGGAUAAGAAUUUAAACUUUUGYUGAAAUUCCACCAGAUAGUGAACGCAGUAGCGGAGAUAAGAUGAUGCAGGCCCCUGAUGAUUUUCAAGAAAAGCACAAUGAGCCAAUCAUUAGUUGUAUGUUGGUUGGGGAUGGUGCUGUGGGGAAAACCAGCAUGAUUAUAAGUUACAUCUCAAAUGGAUACCCAAACGAAUACCGUCAGACGGCCUUUGACGUCUUCACCGGAUUGGUUAGAGUAGAUGGGAUUCCAGUACAAAUCCAGUUGAUGGACACUGCAGGACAGGAGGAGUUUGAUAAUUUUCGCUCCAUGUGUUACAAUCAAAUAGAUGUCUUCAUCCUUUGCUUCAGUGUUGUCAACCCAGUGUCUUUCCACAACAUCACUUCAAAAUGGAUCCCACAGAUCCGCACCUUCAAUUCUGCUUCACCCAUCAUUUUAGUGGGGACCCAGUCUGACCUCCGGCAUGAUGUUAGCAUCCUUAUCCAUCUGGACCAGCUGAGGGUCAAGCCAGUGGUGAACUCCCAGGCCAGGYGUCUGGCAGAGAAGAUCAGRGCCCACGACUAUGUGGAGUGUUCCGCACUGACCCAGAAGAACCUCAAAGAAGCAUUUGACUCUGCUAUCUUUGCUGCCAUCAAGCACAAGGCCUGUGAGAAAGCAAAGAAGCUCAAACUAUUUGAUCGUGCAAAGACUUUUUCUAGUGGGGGGUGGAAGAAGUUAUUCUGCUUCAUGUGAUCCAAUGGCAUCACUACCUCAAUACAGGACACAAAACCCUCUGGUGUUGAAUGCUAGGGGGUGGCAGUAGCAGUUGGAUGGAUUACUAAGAGUUAGUUAUUCUGAACAAAAGUUGUCAGAUAUGUUGUGCUUAUUGAAGCUCAAAAGCCAAAAGUUCCCACAGCAACCUGUGAUAGCCUUCCACCAUCGUAUGUACUGUGGAAAGUCUUUCUUAUUCACAGGAUUCAGACAGCAUUGUAUUGCAGUUGGUGUCACAGCCUAUUUGCGACCUGACUAUCACUUUUCUAGCGCAUACACUGCAUWGUCAAGUAUUUUGUUUGUAGGCUUUAUAGAAUGUGAAUAUCUUCUAGCCAUAUAUGCUUCUUGUGGAAGCCACAUGUUUCAAACAAUGUUUGCUUUGUCGUUUUAUGUCACGUUUACUUGUCUUGUUACACAUUUCACUUUAAGUGUUAACUUUUUUGUUUAUUUGAAGAAAUUAGGAGUUUGUAAAUGUGAAAAUAUAAAAUCAAGAAUGGAUUGGCAGGUAGCCUAGUGGUUAGAGCGUUGGGCCAGUAACCGAAAGGUUGCUGGAUCGGAUCCCCGA